UAAUACUACAACUCGUAAAUCAUUAAGUUUCAUAACUAUAAUGGCUUCAUCAUCAUCAACAUUAUUACAUCAUAAGAUUUCAAAAACACUGAUGAUUUUACUUAUUAUAAAUUUCGUAAACCUAAUUCAAACCACCUCAGCUGUGACCAACUCCAAUUCCAACUCACACUUCUCAAGAUUCUCGAGACAUGGAAGCUCAUCAUCGAGAACCAAACAAGGGUUUCUAGCAUCGGUCCAAGAGAGUAUGAACCAUGCUAUAUUGGCUCGUUCUCUCGCUUUCAAUCUCACUCUUUCUCAUCGAACCGCACAACUCCACAUGGUCGAUCCCAUCCACGACUGCCUUGAGCUGCUCGACGACACACUUGAAAUGUUGUCUCGCAUCACCAUGAUGCAAGACAAAGCUUCAAGUGAUGACGAUGAAGACGUUCACACAUGGCUAAGCGCAGCACUCACGAACCAAGACACUUGUCAGCAGAGCCUCCAAGAAAAAUCCAAAUCUUACAAACACGGAAUCGCGAUGGAUUUCGCCGCAAGAAACCUCACCGGUUUGUUAACUAACUCGCUUGAGUUGUUCGCAUCCGUGAAGUCAAAAGGCCGGAGACUCUUGUCAGAACAGGCGCACUAUCCGAGGUUUGUUACUUGGCUAAAAGAGCGGAGGCUUUUAGAAGCUUCGGUGGAGGAACUGAAGAUUGAUGCGGUGGUGGCUGCAGACGGUAGUGGGACUCAAAAAACCGUAGGAGAAGCGUUGGCUGCGUCGUUGGCGAGUAGUGGUGGCAGAACCGUAAUUCACCUGAAAGCUGGGACCUAUCAUGAAAACAUCAAGAUUCCGACAAAGCAGAAGAACGUUAUGUUAGUUGGCGAUGGUAAGGGUAAAACGAUCAUUGUCGGUAGCCGAAGCAAUAGAGGCGGCUGGACUACUUACCAAUCUGCCACCGUCGCUGCUAUGGGAGAGGGGUUUAUAGCGCGCGACAUAACGUUCGUGAACAGUGCCGGACCCAAAUCGGAGCAAGCGGUGGCUCUCCGCGUUGGAGCAGAUAAAUCCGUCGUGUAUCGAUGCUCCGUCGAAGGAUACCAAGACUCACUCUACACACACUCCAAAAGACAGUUCUACCGAGACACAGACAUCACCGGAACCGUCGACUUCAUCUUCGGAAACUCCGCCGUCGUGUUCCAGUCCUGCAACAUCGUCGCCCAGAAGCCCUUACCGGGUCAGAGAAACUUCGUGACGGCGCAAGGGCGGAGCCACCCGGAGCAGAACACGGGAAUCUCCAUUCAGAACUGCAAGAUCACGGCGCAGUCGCUGACUUUUCUUGGCCGGCCGUGGAAAGAGUAUUCGAGGACGGUGGUGAUGCAGUCUUUCCUCGACGGGUCGAUCCACCCGUCGGGUUGGUCUCCUUGGUCGGGUUCGGUUAGUUUCGGUCUCAAGACUCUGUUUUACGGGGAGUUUGAGAAUACGGGUCCUGGGUCAUCGGUUUCGGGUCGGGUUAAAUGGGCCGGGUAUCAUCCGUCUUUAACGGUGAAGGAAGCGGAAGGGUUCACUGUUGCUGGUUUCAUUGGCGGGACGAUGUGGUUGCCGUCAACGGGCGUUAGUUUCGACUCUGGUCUUGUGAAGUGAGCUUAAGCUGGGGUGUGACAAUGAUCUAAAGUGUUUUAUAAUCGUCUUAAACUUAGUUUAAUUGUGAUUAACACUUUCUUAAUUAAUUCAAACUGUGUGUUAAAUAAUCCCAUUUUCUUUCUAUUAUUUGUUUGUGAAAAUGUAAAGAAAUGUUGGCGAAUAAAAUUUGGAUGGAUUGUUA